AUGGGCUUGUUACAACGCAAUAACCCCGGGACGACUCUUGAUACGGAGACUGCUUUCUUUUCUGGGUCGGGAUUCAAACUCGAUGCGUACGAGGCCCCACCCCUUGACCGAAGAACGCUUCCGGGAAUCCCAAAUAAUGAGUAUCGUGAUAUCUCACUACUACAGGAGGUGACAUACACCCAGGAAGAUCUCCUCCUCAACGCCUUGUACAUGUUUCUUAUCUUGGUGUGUUCAGCUAUCGUUGUCGGCGGACUCUCUUUCGGGAUUUCCGAGUACGCGUAUAUGCUCAUGAACAAGUCGAAAUCCACCACAAGUGCCAAGCUUCGGGCAGAUAAUACAUGGAGUAUUGGGUCGGCGGUGUCCGACAAAGCCCAGUUGAACACUAACAACGGUAUCUCAAAGCUCGGGGAGCACGCGUAUCCCACUGUAAACCAUCGUCCAGAGAAGGUUACACCGCCGUGCCCUAUAAUUCUCAACCAACCAGACGGAGCGUCACGAAAUGGGGCCAUAGAUAUCAUCGAGACCAGCCCCCCGUUCAACGAUUGCUACUCGAUAGUGCAGCUCAUGGACAGCGAAGAGGUACACGUAAACCGCCGAUACAAGAUGAAGGAAUUAGUGGAACUCGAGCCGGAGGGGCCCCAGCUCCACUACAAGAACAUUGGGGGAGGUUUAGAGCAGAUUCCCGUGGAGGAGGCGCUCCGAGUAACGACAGCCUUCCCGCUCACGCGUUUUUCAUCGCCCUGGCACGCGGAAAAGACCAUCUCGGAGGUGCGAAUGGUGUUGAUGAACAGCAAAGUGCCGGCAAUUGCGCCCCAUGACUGCAUCACCAAGAAGAUAUACUUGACGCAGCUUAUCAGCAUCGGGGUCUCCAACACGCUCUUCGACAACGCCAAUGUGUUUGUGGCAUCCUACAGCGAUCUCAUCGAACACAUCGUGGACACGGGAGCCGUAUUUGACCUCUUGGAAGAGGCCAAGUCACAGGUGGCGGUUUCUCUCGUGGAGGUGAUUCUCCAGUACUGUUGGGCCCACUGGAACUUCCGGGCCGCUCUGCCGGCUUGCCAGCGUAUUGUCACGGAAUUCGAGCAGCAGAAACAGAGCGGACCGUUUGUACAGCCCGCCAGUGCCAUUCUUCGCUUCUUGUGCAACCUCGAGUUGGGCUUGUACUCCGGCACGCGGUUAGAGGUGGGGACGCUUGAGGUGUGCGAGUCCAAAAUCGUAGCCGUGUGCCGCGAGAUCUGCCAGCGUGCGCGGUGCAACGAUUAUCUCAGCUUUAUGCCGAUGAUAGCGCAGGCGGUAGACAUCUGUGAGCGUAAAGCGUCGAAGCUUCUAUUUUACGAAUUACUCGAGACAGUGGUACGCCUGCACUGCGACUGCUGCAUGCUGGACUACGUGGGUGAGGACAAGACAGACCUAAAGGCGUUGAUUCAACACGGCUUGUGGGUCAAGAACGACCCGGAAAUAUGUAAAAAGGCGGAGCAGAUCCAUUGCUUCUUAGUCCAGAAGUAUCCACAGACAAUGAAGUGGUGGAAGGAAGUGGAAGGUGGCCGGCUCUUUGCGGCAUCUGCGUGUCCCGAAGCCACAACUAACCCCAAAAAGCCAAAGGCGCUCACACCGGGCUCGUGGAACUCAGCCCCGGGAAAAUCAGAGGGAGAGGAGUCCGAAGAGAAGUUGAAACCAGAGAUGAAGCGUUCCCCGAGUAUCCGCAAUUUUGCCAACUACACCAAAAAGCACGACAAGGAGAACCACGAGAUGGUGGUACCAGGGGCGUUCAAACCCAAGCGAGGGUGA